AUGACGAAGGGUACUCAAUCAUUCGGUAAACGCAAUUGCAAGACUCACACAUUAUGUCGUCGAUGUGGCCGUUCAUCAUAUCAUUUACAACGACAACGUUGUGCAGCUUGUGGUUUUCCAUCUGCUAAAACCCGUAAAUACCAAUGGAGUGAAAAAUCUCGUCGUCGUAAAGCAACUGGCACCGGUCGAAUGAAACAUUUGAAGAAAGUCUUUCGUCGAUUUCGAAAUGGUUUUCGUGAAGGUACAUUAGCAAAAUCCCGUAAAGCUCAACGACAAGCAGCUGGCACAACAACAACUACUGCACCAGCUACAACUGCUAAAUAA